UCGACUGCAGCGACGUGAGCGAGCGAAAGAGAGCACCUUUAGGAAUACAAAUUCGCACGAACUGAAGCCUAUCGAGCCAUAUACACUUCACACACAGACGUGUCACACACACGUACGCUCUUACGCACAUAAACGAAUCCAUAGACUUUGAGCUGGAAAAUUGCACUGGGUAAUUGUCAUUUUCCUGGGGAGAGUCCUGCAGCUGCGCCUACCUUUAAAUGUCCUAGCAAGAAAGGUUUCUAUCAAACGAGAACUCGUCGUCGUCGUUGUCAAGAGGCUCACACAGGAUGGCACACAGUUCUCACACCUAUGGGUCUACAGACCAAAGGUCAGAUGUACCUGAUGUGGGCUUUAGUCCUACAGAGCUAUACAGUCUCAGUGAAAACAUCAUAACAAAUAUAUACACAAUCAACACGAGCUACAGGACUUUGGAGCGAGCCCACAAGCAUAUUGGAACCAAUAAAGAUAAUCAGACUCUUAGAGAUAAAGUGCAUAUUACGCAGCUGAGCACUAACCAAACGGUGACUCAAACUAGUAAAGAUAUUGCAAGACUGACAGUUUUGAUGCGAGGAGGUGACAAACAGCAGAAAUUACAAAUUGAGAAGCUCAUAAGUGACUUUAAAGAUGCUGUACAAAAAUACUCUGAUAUGCAAAGAUCCAUUGCAGACAAGAUGAAAAGGCACAUACUUGUGAGAGGAACUGUAGAAAUCCAUGAUUUUGAAGAUGAUGAGCAAGCAGAACAACAAAAACUUAUCCAAGCUCAGGAAACUGCUGAUCGGAAAGCUGAACUGCGGCAACUACAAUUUGAGCAUGGCUUAACAUUGGAUCAAGAGGAUAGAGUAAGACAAAUCGAAGGCGAUAUUUUAGACGUGAAUCAAAUUAUGAGAGAAUUAGCAGGACUUGUGUAUAAACAGGCAGACUCAGUUAAUAGUAUUGAAAACAAUAUCGAAAACGCACACGGACACGUUGAAUUGGGAACACAGGAGUUAAUAAAGGCUAGUAACUACCAAAAUAAAUUUAGACGGAAAGUAUGCAUUCUCUUAGUUGUAGCUGUUGUUUUCGCAACUAUUUUGAUAUUGUGCAUAGUUUUAACCAAUAAAACAAGUUAGCAAUUUUAAAUAUUUAAGAAUGUGGAAAGUUGUAAUUGGUUGUCUCAAUCUAACGGCAAUGACUUGUGUUCUAAAAGUCAUGUUUAUUGUAAUUAUUACGUUGUCUGUUCUUUCGUUGAAUUUGCAUUUUCGAUAUGCGCCAUAAAAAAAGGUUAAACUGUUCUGCGAAUUAUUUGUAAGCUUCCUGAAUUCAUGCUGUAAUGGCUUUAGCCUUAUAAUCAUUAACAAAAUCGAACUGUGCAUUACCAUUUUCUUCAAGUAUUUGUAAGUUAAGUAGGUAUUAUAUUGGGUAAUUAAUUUCUGGAAAUCUAGAGUUCUAUCACUAAUAAUAUAACAAUUAAUUACUUUAUUGAAUCAUUAAUUUUGAAAUAGUUUUGUGUUAAGUAAAAAAAUUUUCUGCAUUGAUCAGUGUUAUAUUUGAAUGUUUGUUAUUCAAUAUGAUACUGCUUAAGAUUGUUUGUAAAAAUUUUAUGGAAACAUGUAUACAUUUAUUGUACAAAAUUAAUCAAUGAAAUUCAAAAAUUAAUCGAUAAAAUUUAUCCCGUCGUCACAAUUUUUAUAAAGAAUUGUAAAUUGUAAUACUUAUUGUACUUGAAAAUUAUUUGUCUCCUUUGUUGUGAGUUGAAUUGCAAUUUAAAUAUCAUAAAAACUUAAUUUUGUCUAGAAAAAUUGUUGCUUUAGCAUAAUACAUGCGUCAUCGUCAUUAUAUUUUUAUUACUAUUUUAUCAUUUAUUGUAUUAUAGUGUGCUCAAAUUUUACAUAUAUUUUUUCUCUGUAAAAAAAUCAAAUUGUUUAUAAAGCGCGUUGAGAUUUGAAAUUGCUCGCCUCAAUACAUUUUCAAGUUAAAAACAUCAGCCAGGGGCUGACUUAUAUAUGCAUUGUCAUGAUAUCACUUGUCUAUUACCUGUAUUUUCAAAUUUAUUGCAGAAAAAGAAAACUAAUAGCCGUUGAGAAUAAUGUGCCUAUAUAUUUUCAUUUCAAUUGACGAUUAAUCUAUCUUGCGAUCUUUUCGUACUUUCCUUAACGGCUUCUGGUUUUAUUGACGAGUUCAAUAAAAUAUCUUUGCUAUUUACCGACCAAUAAACAAUAAUGAAACGAAUGUUUCCGUUCGUAAUUUAUUGUAUAUUGAAAGCAUUAAAAAGGAUGUUUAUUAUGUAAAAUUUAGUUAUCAAAUAUGAAAAUAAUAGAAAACUUCAUGUUAAUUUAUGCGUUUAGAAAAUGCUAUAAUAAAUAAUGCUGCGCAUAAUCAUUAAUUUGAAAAAUAUAUACACAUAAUUAUUGCUUCAUGUGUUAUGAUAAUGCACAUCACGCCAGAUGCAAAAAAAUGAAUCUAAUCUGAUUGAGACAGCCAUUUGAAUGAAGCCUCAAUCGACGCUUAUAUAUACACUGAUCAUUAGAUAUUUCAAAUUUCGAAAAAUCCAUCAGAUACUAUUAUGAAUGCUACUAAAAUAAUGAAAAAUUGUAUAUACAAUUGAUUAAUAUAAUUUCGAAUAAAUGACACAACA